GAUAAGCGCUACCGACUUACUCACUACCUAAACGCGUUUGUGCCUAACUGAACUGAACUGCUGGAAAAAGUAAAACCCUUCCACUUAAAACCCCCCAAAUUCAGAACGGAAAAAAUCCCGGUCGUACCGCCGGACUCCGAUGAACGGCGAUCGAUCAUCACCGCCGUCUUCGUUGUGUAUGUCCGUCUCUCCAAAUAACUCUCCACCCGAAAAGCCAGAAGACCUUUCCUCCGAACGGCCCCACAAAAUCCUGAAACUCAACCAGGAAGAAUGUCACAUUGACGAGGAGGAGGAGGAGAAGAGGGACGAGGAACAAGAAGCAAUUCAGGAAACAGAUAUAAUCUCUACUGAGCCUCAAAUGAAUCGAUCUAAUCAUGGAAUUCAAAGGUACUUGAUUGCAAUUGAGUAUAUAGGGACACGCUUCGCCGGAGCUCAGCAGCAAUCCAAUCAACGUACUGUAGUCGGCGUUCUCCAAGAAGCUUUCCGCAAAUUUGUUGGACAACCAGUUUCAAUCUUUUGCUCUAGUCGAACGGAUUCAGGAGUUCAUGCGCUGUCAAAUGUUUGCCAUGUAGAUGUUGAAAGGAUAAGCAAAAGGAAACCUGGCGAAACGUUACCUCCUCAUGAACCUGCUGUGGUCAAAAAGGCUGUGAAUCAUUUCUUACAGAAGAAUGAAGGUGAUGUCAUGGUUAUCGAUGUUCGAUGUGUUCCAUCAGAUUUUCAUUCUAGAUACAAAGCUAAAGAACGAACGUACUUCUAUCGGAUAUUAUCUGGAUCAGAUCCUCUUACAACAUUUGAGAAAGACCGAGCUUGGCAUGUCACAGAAAAAUUAGACCUUCUAUCUAUGCAGAAGGCAUGCCAAGUUCUUGUGGGACGCCAUGACUUCAGCUCAUUCAGAGCUGCUGGGUGUCAGGCAAAUUCACCGAUCAGAACAAUGGAUGAGCUGAAUGUUACUGAGGUUGCUUCCCCUAUGCAUUUCCCCUCUGUUAAAGAGAGAGAACAAAGCAUUUAUAAUGGAGAAUCAUCAGGAAACUGUGUCAAACUGGGACCUGAGGUUCCACAUGCUUCAACUUUAAGUUAUGAGGAAAGCAUAAAUAGUUCUAAUGGUGAGCUUACUCCAGUAUUUGGUAUGAGAAAACAUCAUCGUUGCUUUGUGGUUACAGCACGUGCGUGUUCUUUCCUCUACCAUCAGGUUAGGCUUCUGGUUGGUGUUUUGAAAGCGGUUGGCACGGGAGAAAUAACAGUAAAUGAUGUGGAACGGAUUUUGAAUGCAAAGUCGGUGGCUGCUGCAAAACCAAUGGCCCCUGCGUGCGGACUGUACCUUGGACAAGUUCGAUACGAUCUUCCUCCAUGAUCACAGUAAAAACCUGCUAUAUUACCCAGUAUUUCACGACAUUCUUCCUGACACUUUUGAUGAGCCCUUGUAUUGUAAUUUUCGUGAUUAAUACUGCGUAUCGUUAUAGACAUUCUCACAUUUUUCCAAGAGAGCAAUGGAUCAACAUAAACAUUGAAGGGCUCAGCUGCGUCCAUCUUCAUAAAUCCAUGGUGCUGAUGUUCUGUGCCUCUUCCAAAGAUUGG